CACAACCCAUAAUCCAAAAAUAUCUUUCAAAGUUUAUGGUGUGCAGCAAAACCCUCCCAAAAAAAUUAAUAUUAAAGUAGGUCAAAAUAAAUAAAAACCCCAAGUCCUGCCUACCUCCACCGCCACCGAGUUUCAUGAGGCCAUGACCACCAUCUCCUCCUCCCCUGAUUUACUCACCACGCCCCAAAUGGCACACCCACGGCCUCUCCAUGCAGCCUCCGAGCCCGAACCCGACGACUCUUCCUCUCUCUCCACCCAAAACCCAAGUUCAGGCCCAAACCCGAACCCGACCCAAAUCCCUACACUCCUCCACCUCUCCUUCAACCAGGACCACGGUUGCUUCUCCGUCGCCACCGACGUCGGCUUCCGCGUUUACAACUGCGACCCCGUCCGCGAGAUCUUCCGCCGCGAAUUCGGUCCACAUGGCGGCCUCGGGAUGGUCCAGAUGCUCUUCCGCUGCAACGUCCUUGCCCUUGUCGGCGGCGGACUCGACCCGCUCUACUCGCCCAACAAGGUCAUGAUUUGGGAGGACAACGAGUCCCGUUGCAUCUGCGAGCUCUCUUUCCGGUCCGAAGUCAAAGGGGUCAGGCUCCGCCGUGAUCGAAUCGUCGUCGUUUUGGUCCAGAAGGUUUUCGUCUACAAUUUCACUGACUUAAAGCUCCUGCAUCAAAUUGAGACCAUCGCCAACCCCAAAGGACUGUGUGAGGUCUCGAACGUGUCGGGUCAUCCGGUGCUGGUGUGCCCGGGGCUCCAAAAAGGUCAAGUUCGGAUCGAGAAUUACGUGUCAAAGCGGACCAAGUUUGUAAUGGCCCACGAUUCCAGGCUCGCGUGCUUGGCGCUCACGCAGGACGGUCGGCUGCUAGCCACGGCCAGUAACAAAGGCACUUUGAUCAGGAUUUUCAAUACUUUGGAUGGUUCAUUACUGCAAGAGGUAAGGAGAGGAGCAGACAGAGCAGAGAUUUACAGUCUUGCUUUUUCUUCUACUGCCCAAUGGCUAGCUGUCUCAAGUGAUAAGGGCACUGUCCAUGUUUUCAGCCUAAAGGUUGAUUCAGGAUCCUUGGGAAACAAUAGAUCAUGCAGUGCAUCAGAGAUCAGUCCUCCUAAUCCUUCCGGCAUUUCAUCUCUCUCUUUCAUGAAAGGUGUGUUGCCAAGGUAUUUCAGCUCAGAAUGGUCAGUGGCUAAAUAUCACUUGCAGGAAGGCUUGCAGUACACUGUUGCCUUUGGACACCAGAAGAACACUGUUGUGAUUCUUGGCAUGGAUGGAAGCUUCUAUCGUUGCCAAUUCGACCCUGUAAAUGGAGGAGAAAUGACUCAGCUGGAAUAUUAUAACUUCUUGAAGCCAGAAGAAACUUUUUGAAGUGGUGUAAAUAUUUUGUUUUUGGUAGCACCUGUAUGUUAUGCCUUUUUUCUUCUUUAAAUUAUUUAGGGUAUUGAAUACAUUGUAAAUAUUCGAGGAAAUGAGAAUUUGCUAGAGAUCGGUAUCGGGGUUACACAUAUAUAACAGUUAUAUUAUGCA